AUGAAAGAAAAAAAAACGGACCGGGCGAAAAAAAUUAAGAAAGUUCCGGGUGGGCGAGGAAUUAUCAACGGUUAUUUCAGUUUCAACAAUACUAUCUUGAAUUUAAGUAAAGAAAAUGGGGAGGUGUUAUGCCAAGUUAGUGCUGUAGCGGAACAAGUGGCCGAAACAACUAUCAAAAAGGCGGGGGAUUACGGAAUUCAAAAAGUAGUAUUACAAGUGCGAAAUCCAGGCCUGGGUCGGGACGUAGUCAUCAAAAAAAUUAGCGAGGCCAAGACGCUCGAAAUAGAAGAAUUAAUUGAUAAAACUCCCCUAGCGUUUAACGGGACAAGACCACGCAAAAAACCUUGUUCGAUGUUUGAGAUAACUAUUAGUAAUCCAAAAAAAGUUGAAAAAGGCAGUCUGGCGGGAGUUUAUGCUUGUGAAGUUUACUUACCGGAUAUGGAUAAAACUAGUUCAAUUUAUGCUGAUAGUCUGGAUGAAGCUGUUAAGAAUGCGAAUGAUUUUGUCGAUGUUUAUUUACAAGGAAAAAUAACUAACUUAGAAAGGACACUUGUUAGAAAAGAUGAUAUUAGGAAGAGUUUGGAAGAGGAAUUAGAUUGA